GACUUUUCUCGCUUGUUGUUCACACUCCUCGCUCUCUUAUCGAAGAUGAUCUCCAACAAGCUUAUCAUGGCAACUGUGAUCCUGGCGGUGGCAACAGUUGCCCUGUCGGCGCCGCAAGUGAGGGAUCCGCAGGCCGUUCCAGCCCAGUACGAAUUCGGAUACGAGGUGGCGGACCCCGAGAGCGGCAACGACUUCGGCCACGCUGAAACCCGGAGCGGCGACAACACUUCGGGACAGUACCGCGUGCUGCUCCCGGACGGCCGCGUUCAGGUCGUCACCUACACCGUGAACGCAGACUCGGGCUUCGUCGCUCAGGUGUCCUAUCAGUGACGGCGCACGAGCGAUGGAGGAAGGACCGACGCUCUACCUCUUGUCUGAUGAUGGCGGUUGUCAUGCAGGCGAGGCUGUACAUGAUUUGUAAUAUGCUUUGGAGAUGAUUUAAUUAUAAUAU